GGCUUCGAGAACAUGGGUGCUCUCCAUUGCUCCCGCGAUGUCAUGUCAUGGGUAGGAGGAUAUAGGGCCGCCUGCAUACUGGCUUUCUGUCUCUACCGCUCAGAGCGUACUCAACAUUGACAUGCCGCGAAAGAUCCUCAUCGGUUUCGGUGCUGACGUCGACGCGGUCUCUGGAUGGCUGGGAUCGUACGGUGGUGAGGACUCCGUGUCCGACAUCUCGAGAGGCAUAUACGCAGGCGAAGUCGGCACGCCUCGCCUGCUCAAGUUGUUCAAAAAAUACAACAUCAAGGCAACGUGGUUCAUACCUGGUCAUAGCCUUGAAACGUUCCCCGAGGAGAUGGCUGCUGUCAGAGAUGCUGGACACGAGAUAGGAUUGCACGGAUACUCGCAUGAGAAUCCUCGUUCUAUGACCCUUGAGCAGCAGAAGGAUAUCCUGGACUACACGUAUGACCUACUGACGAAGUUCAACAAUGGCGUUCCUCCGAAGGGUAGCGUGGCUCCCUGGUGGGAGACCAGCGCCGAAGGCACAUUGUUACUGCUUGACAAAGGCAUUGAAUACGAUCAUUCUCACAUGGCACACGACUCGCAGGCAUACUACCUGCGUGACGAGGACACGUGGACCAAAAUCAAUUAUACUGCCCAAGCGAACACUUGGAUGAGACCUCUGCAGCGAGGAAAGCCGACCGGCUUGGUUGAGUUACCUGGCAACUGGUAUCUAGAUGACUUGCCACCCAUGAUGUUUAUCAAGAGCAGCCCCAACUCGCACGGAUGGGUCAAUACCAGAGAUGUCGAACAGAUAUGGAAGGAUACGUUUACCUACCUCUACCGAGAGGAAGAGAACUUCAUCUUCCCGAUUACAAUCCAUCCUGACGUCAGCGGUCGACCCCAUGUCUUGCUCAUGCUCGAACGUUUCAUCGAGUGGGUCAAUACCCAUGAGGACGUUCACUGGGUGUGCAUGUAUGACAUGGCGAAGGAGUUCCGUGACAACAAUCCGCCUCCUGCCGGAGCGCACAUGCCUCGUGGCCUCGAGCUAUAGUGAUGGAAACUCGACAAUCUCACAAGUACACUUUCUCCUGUAUGUCCGUCAAUGAAAAGAACAAGUCUUGGAUGGAUCAUGUUGUAUGACCCUCUUAUCAAUCUGAUCAUGGUGGGCCGUACAUUCAUUGUAUUUUGCUCCUUUCGUGGGGAGAAAGUCAUUAGGGUUGUUCAGAGUAAGGCUGUCCGGGCAGCUAUCCCGUCCAGAUGUCCGAGGCUCGACGCCGGCAAACGCCGACAGC